AUGGCUGCAAGAAACCACCUCGGACGCCUUCAUGCCUACUGGCUGGGCUCCGUUGUAUGCAUGGGCGGUUUUCUGUUCGGCUACGAUAGUGGAAUUGUCGGAGGUGUUCUCACCAUGGCAUCGUUUGAGCGCGACUACGGUUACGGAAAGGCGACGGAGACGCGAACUAACUCCCUCGCCGUCGGCUUGCAGCAGCUAGGAGCCUUUGUUGGAUGUUUCAUUGCCUGGCCCAUUACUGCCAGGCUCGGGCGCAAGCUUCCGCUCAUGAUCUUCUCUUUGGUCUUCUGCAUCGGCGCUAUGAUUCAGACCAUCAACACUGGUUCCCUGGCAGCAUUCUACGUCGGUCGUGUCAUCGCAGGACUAGGCCUGGGAUCAUCCACCGUUGUAACACCCAUGUUCAACAGUGAGAUGACGCCCAAGGAGCUUCGAGGCCAGAUUGGUUCCUUUUUCCAGCUUUUCUACACCAUUGGCAUCUUCACAUCGUACUGGGUUGACUACGGUGUCGCCAAGUUACCUGAUGACCCUACAAAGGAGUGGCAGAUACCUAUCGGACUCCAGAUCCUCCCGGCAGCCAUUCUCGGCCUGGGAACCCUUACUCUCAAGGAAAGCACCCGCUGGCUGACCAAGAAGGGCCGUCACGAUGAGGCCUGGGAGAGCUUGAAGUGGAUCCGAGCCGACGAUUCCCAGACCGUGGCCGACGAGAUGGAAGAGAUUCGCCAGGGAGUCGAGUACGAGAACCAACAGACGGAAGGCUUUCAUAUCAAAGAGCUCCUCCAGCUCUCCAACUUCAAGCAAGUCUCGGCAGCCGUCUGCAUCAUGAUGGCUCAACAAGCCACAGGAGCCACAGCCUUUGCCUACUUUGGCCCCCAGUACUUCUCGUUGCUUGUCGGCCCCGGCGACCGCAACCUCCUCCUGACGGCAAUCUUUGGCGCCAUCAAGGUGGCCGCCUGCGGCUUCUUCGUCAUCUUCCUCGCCGACCGCCUGUCGCGUCGCCUCGUCAUGAUUGGCGGCGCCGCCCUCAUGGCCGCCUGCCAGAUCACCACGGCCGCCGUCGUCAAGGCCAAACCUCCUCCCACAGAGACGAACUCGGGGGUCACUCCUUCGGGAAUCGCCACCAUCGCUCUCAUCUACCUCUUCGUCAUCAUCUACAACUUCAGCUGGGGUCCUCUCCCCUGGCCUUAUAUAUCCGAGAUCUUCUCCGCUCGUAUUCGUGAGCCAGGUAUGUCCGCCGGCGUUGCCUCCCAGUGGCUCUUCAACUUUGUUUUCUCCUUCGCCACUCCCUACAUGAUGGACGACAUGGGGUGGGGCACGUUCCUCCUCUGGGGUGUCUUUGACAUUGUCAUCGCCAUCAUCGUCUUCUUCUUCAUCAAGGAGACCAAGGGUCUAUCGCUCGAGCAGAUUGCCCACCGGGGAGACCAGAAUCAACGGGCUGUCAACCACAAGACGAGUGACGAUCUCAGUGACUCGCGGAGGGCGACUGUCGACCAUGUCUCCAAGUAG